AUGGGUGACAACGAUAAACUUUCCGGCUAUAGUGAUAGGAAUAUAAAAAUCAGAAAAUUAACAAGUAUAGCAAAAUCUUGGGGUAUCAAUGGCAAUUUGACAAUAAAUGAAAUUGGCUUGCAGUUAGUUGAUAGAUCUUUAACACAUCCUGUGCGGAAGAAUCUUUUAGAAGCAUUCCAUCUAUUAUAUCAACUGAAAACGCCUAAUGAAAUCUAUCCAUUAGUUAUCAUCGAGAAAAUUAUCACUUGUCUAACCUUAUCUCUUACACAUGAAUAUAAACUAGAAGCACUAAAACUACUGCUGUUAAUAGCUGAAGAGGAAAGAGGUUUACGCAAUAUACUACGACUGCAAGGUUGUGAUGCAACAAUGUGUCUGCUGUUUGAUUCUGAAGAAAUUCUGAAGCCUCACUGUUUGAAUUUAUUGAUCAGGAUUUCAGAAUCUAUUAGAGGAAGCAUUGCUAUUCUUGAAUAUGCCAAUUCGCCUCAACAACUGCUACUACAAUUGCAAAACUCAAGAAAGCUCGGCAAUUUAAUACUCAAGCUUAUUACUAAUUUGUUGGGAAUACCUACAGCUAGAACAAUGUUCAAUACUCCAAAGUUUGUUGAUUAUUUAUCAAUAAAAUCAAAUGAUUCUGAACUAAAUUUACGAAAACAAUUGGUUUUAUGGUUAGUAAAUUUACCAAAACAAAAUUUACUCGACCAUAUGUCUUCUGAAUGCGGUUCACACAAUCGAAAUUGGGAUGCUGAUGCUAGUGCGGAGAAUGGUAGUCAUCUUUAA